AUGGGCUCCUACCUAGUGCCCUGCACACUCAACGGCCAGCUCACAGAGUUGCAAUGUCAAUCAAACCCCCCGACCGAUAACGUAAAACGAUCGAGCAUUGGCCCAUCGCAGGAGCAGGCCAACGACUCCUCCUUUCUCUCACCGCUUGGGUCGGACGACAGCCGGAAAGCAGGGUGUGAAGGCAUGGUCGGCAAUACCCAUGGCGAACCUAGAGGGCAUUCCAUCGCGUCAUCGUGGGCGAAAACCCGACCUUUGUCAGACAUACGCGAACUUACUGAGCCUAGCUUGGCUGAUAACCUAGUACGGCGGCCUUAUUACGAGAGCAACCAGCGCAGCACUUCUCGUACUGAGGUCUCGCGGAAAAUAUCCAUUGCCUCGCGACGGCGCCGAAGUAUGGAUACCCGCCACGGGGAGAACAUGGAACCAGAAAGGAGGAACAGCGUCGAGAGCAGCGAUAUGCGGUCUGUCCGUGGUGGACCAGCCUCUAGAUCGCCCUCCCCACCUAGUGCCGCAGACAACAACAGCAUCUCCAGUAUAUACAGCGUACCAGCUGGUAGUGUGCCGCCUCGAUCAUCAUCGCGAUCUCGGGCACGUGGUGCAUCUCAACCACGACAUCCACCACAUCCACCACAUAUACCUCCAACACAAUCCAUACGACCACAAGCAGCAGCCACAUCUGUCCAUGCCAUCAUCCCCAUCAUCCCAUUGCCCCCACCCAAAGACAGCGGAAACACGAUACCUCGACGAGGCCACUCGCAAUCCCCCUUACGUAAUGUCGCCGCGCGACUUGAUCCCAUAUCCCAUGACAUGCAUCGACACAUUCCCUCCAGAACAUUUAUUCGUGAGCCACUCUCCAAGGAGAUUUUGGAAUUCCCAUCAUACCGACAUCCCAGGAUAGAUCUAGGCCUCGACUUAUCAGCAGGCAUAUUCGUUGGUGGAGGUUCUAUUGAAGGCACUGUGCAGAUCAACAUUGACGACGCAGAGCGGAUACGUCAUAGAAGGACUUUGGACAUUGCCCGUAUAUCUAUCGACCUACUCGGUUUAGAGGAAAUGAGUGGGAAUAGAAGAUGUGUCUUCUUGAAUCUAGCUUCGGAGCUGAUCGAUGAGAAGAACCCGCCACCACAGAACAUGGUGGAUAAGCAAGAACCCAUAGGGUCAGAUGACCUUUACUGGCACCUGAUGCCCUCAGUCACCAAUCUAGCCUUCAAUCUUAGUCUGCCCCUGAAUAUUGGGCCCCCACCAUUUCAAUCGAAAAAUGCGCGGAUUCGGUAUGUGCUCUGUGUAUCGCUUUUGAUACGCGAUCACGGAAAGCAGUACAUUGUCAGAACUUCCGAAGACGUUACCGUCUUGUCUGUUUACGAUCCCGAGAAGGCGCUCAUGUCAUUACCCAGCCCACUGACUGCUUCGGACGAAUGGGUCAAGCCACGCGAAAAUACCAUUGAGAUAGUUCGAGUCACCGCAGGUCUCCAUCGACAGUCUGCUGCCUCGACUAUGGAGAAGUCCGCUGGCCAGGCUCGCAUAUUUGACAACAAUGAGCGCUCUACCUUGAGCAAGGCGACGGUCAAACAUGGAGCGGCUGGUUGGCAUGGUGUUACCGCUCACCAAACGCAGAUACGCACUUGCAAUCUCGAGUUACCUCGUGGACAUGCUACAGUGAAGUGUGGAAAGUACUUUGAAGUGCGGUACUUUCUCAAUGUCAUCGUCAGUAGUUUGCACACAAAGCUGGUCACUGUUCAGCUCCCUAUCGUUCUCAUUCACAUGAACUCGCUCGAUGUCGUGCCAAACUCAGUUGCGCAAGUUGCAAUGGCUAUCGAAGAGAAGCGCUCACAUCAGCGCAAUCAAUCACCUAACCGUCUCGGUCGUCAACCCUCGCAAUCAGUUCAAGGUCGAGCCUUUGCAGCACCUCGCAUGCAAUCUCUUAAGCGAAUGCGUGCCCGAGCCGAAGAUAUCCAAGAGUUAGGUCAUGCCUUGGAGCAAAGCCCACGCAAAUACAACUUGAGACGUGCAGUCUCCAAUUGGGACUAUCGAACACCGCCUUCAAAUCGCAAGGGAAGGAUAGUAGGCGAUGGCGAAGCAGCGGACCUGAAGGACUGCCUGCGAAGAGUUCGCUCAAACGAGACCAUUGGUUCGAGGCCUAGCAACAUACACAGAGGCAACUCAUCAAGGUCCACUCGGGGUCUCAGCUCUGCCCUUGGCUUCCGAGAAGCAGAAGUCCGCGAAGACAUGGAGCUUGCGGGACUGGGCGUGGAGGGCGAUGGACCUUUUAGGCAACGAUUAGAGCGCAGCCGCGGCCGACAAUAUCGCUUUAGCAAGAAGAAGAGCGUUGAGCGAUGGAAGGGUGUAGCGAAUGCAGGAGUGGGUUGGUUGAAGAACAGUGGGGCGACGAAGGAGGACCAAGAUCGAGAAACUUGGGUGUGA